AUGGUCCCCGGGACCAGGCGGCGGCGCAGCCCGGAGGGGGCCCCAUCCCGGGCCGCGCGACGAAGGCUGGGCCGGCAAGUCCUAGGACACCGGCUGGAGCGGACUGGAUCUGCGCUCGACUGGCUGUGCCAGCGCCUGCUGCCCCCGCCGGCCGCACUCGCCGUACUGGCCGCCGCCGGCUGGAUCGCGUUGUCCCGCCUGGCGCGCCCUCCGCGCCUGCCCGUGGCCACUCGCGCGGUGCUCAUCACCGGCUGUGACUCUGGGUUUGGCAAGGAGACGGCAAAGAAGCUAGAUGCCAUGGGCUUCACGGUGCUGGCCACCGUGUUGGAGUUGGAUGGCCCUGGUGCCCUAGAGCUGCGUGCCUGCUGUUCCCCUCGCCUAAGGCUGCUGCAGCUGGACCUGACCAAGCCAGCAGAUAUCAGCCGAGCACUGGAGUUCACAAAGGCUCACACCACCAGCACAGGUUUGUGGGGCCUGGUCAACAAUGCUGGCCACAACAAUGUAGUGGCCGAUGUGGAGCUGUCUCCAGUGGCCACAUUCCGCAGCUGCAUGGAGGUGAAUUUCUUUGGCGCGCUUGAGCUAACCAAGGGUCUCUUACCACUGCUGCGCCGUUCGAGGGGUCGCAUCGUGACAGUGGGCAGCCCAGCAGGAGACAUGCCAUAUCCAUGCUUGGCAGCCUAUGGGACCUCCAAAGCAGCCAUGGCGCUGCUCAUGGACACAUUCAGCUGUGAACUUCUGCCCUGGGGGGUCAAGGUCAGCAUCAUCCAGCCUGGCUGCUUCAAGACAGAGUCCGUGCAGAACGUGGGCCAGUGGGAGCAGCGUAAGCAGCUGCUGCUGGCCAGCCUGCCUCAAGAAGUGCUCCAGGCCUACGGUGAGGACUACAUUGAGCACUUACAUGGGCAGUUCCUGCAUUCGCUGCGCCUGGCGAUGCCAGACCUCAGCCCGGUUGUAGAUGCCAUCACCGACGCACUGCUGGCAGCUCAGCCGCGCCGCCGCUAUUACCCAGGUCGUGGCCUGGGGCUCAUGUACUUCAUCCACUACUACCUGCCUGAGGGCCUGCGGCGCCGCUUCCUGCAGACCUUCUUCAUCAAUCACUGUCUGCCAAGAGCACUGCGGCCUGGCCAGCCCGGCUCUACCCUAGCCCAGGAUGCAGCCCUGGACCCAGACCCAAACCCAGGCUCUUCCCCCAUGGCAGCCCAAUGAGCAGCAUGCACAGAUGGCCGAGCUGCUGCAGCAGAGGAGGUCCCCUGAGCCCUUGGCCCUCCCCUGGGCAUUGUGACACCCAAGUUUGCCCUAGAGCCU